AUGCCGGAAUUCAAGACCUUCCUAUAUGCCAAUCUGGGCUUAACUCAUACGGUGGCUCUGGAUGGUUUGUGCAGAGCAGCAGUAAUGAAGCGUGAAGGAAAGGGGAAAAAGCUUGACGUUCAGCCACACGAAUUUGCCUCCCUCUUGUCGGUCCUCCUCAGGGGGAGUUUCCUGGAGCGCGCCAUUCUUGCUUUUGUCAUUAUGGACAUCGACGGAGAUGACUCCCUCCGAGUCAAUGUAGAGUUCGCCGUUCUGCUGCAGAACAGCUUCGACUUCCGUAUUGCAGCCUCUAAUUAUGAAGUUGAUCCCACUGAACCCUAUCGGGACGCAAUUCAAGUUUUGGCUAAGAAAACGGGGGCUCUGAUGGACCGCGCCCUCACACUGCCUGCCUUCAUCAAGGUCUGCUCCCAAGAACCCUGGCUUGUAGAGGCCUUACUGUCGUGGCUGCCUUGCGAUCUCGAUAACUCCGCUUUCCAACGCCUCUUUUCGCAAAAUAGUCAGUUACCCAGUCUUGAAAUGCCACCUAAACUAUCAAAAAUUAAUCUUCGCAACGUGAUCGCAAGUCGCACACUGCGGAAGCUAACUUCAGGCUCCUUCCAGUAG